AUGGAAGCAUGGCCAACUAAGGCUGAGAGCAAAAAGGAUAGCAACACCAGUCGCAAUGCAGUGAACACCAAUGAUGCUGACUUGCAUGGAACCAAUCAUGUGGCACUAUCUUUGACUGGAACUCGACAUGCCUAUGGAGAUGCUCAUGACGAGCCUGGGAAGUACAGAGAGGCACAAACAGUUGAGACAUUGCAAGUUGAGCAAAAAUGCAUGCCAAAGAUACCACAGAAAUCCUACAAUAAUGCAGUACUAGCCAUGACAAGGACUCAUCAUGCUAAUGGAGAUGCCAAUGACAGGCUAGGGGAGUACAGUGAAGUGCAAGAGGGUGACACACUACGAGAUGAGCACAACCAUGUGCCAGCAUUGUCACAAAAAUCCUAUGAAGGCACUGCAACAUGCCAGGAGGUCAAUGGAGAUGUUGAGGCAAGCAUAACAAAACUAGAGAUAAGGUGGACCAACCCUGAAAUGGCAGGGGUACAAGCACAUCUGUUGAAUGCAGAAUCAUGGCCAAGAGAAGCCAGUGAUGGAGGGAGCUACAAAGGUUGGCAUGCACAGAAUGUCUUGCUUGAUGAGACUGGGAGCCUGGGCAAGUAUGGGGGGAAACUUGGAGGAUGGCUGAGACAUCAAAUACAGAGUUUCAGCCAGGGAGCCAAUGGCAAGUGA